AUGACUUCCAACUUUGCAUUUGACGAAAAUGCAUCGGACCCAUUAACUCCAAACGAGUCCAGGAUAUUCCCCACGGAAAGGUUGAAUGUUGUGGAUACCGUUAUUGCAUUAUACGACUUCUUUGGAACGAGUGCCUCGCAUCUAUCGUUGAACUUGGGUGACACUGUUUAUGUCUUGACGAAAUCGACAUCCGGGUGGUGGGACGGCGUUGUUGUGGAAAAUAGCGGUCAGUUGCGGAGAGGCUGGUUCCCUCACAACUACCUGCGGUCUGUAAACUACGUGCAGCCGGUGUUGAAGAAACUCAAAGACAACAAAGAGCUAGACUCGAUAACAGCAGCCAACACCGCGGCCAACGUUCUAUUGCCGUCGUUCACGAGCCUUCUCCAGAAAAACUUGGGGGACGCCGAUCGAGGAUCGCCGCUGAGUUCGAGCCGGAAAAACUCGGUGGUGAGUUUUGCAAGUUCCGAUACGAGCUUGCCGUCGGAGACAAAGCACGGGCAGGUUUUGCUGUCUGAGAUGUCGCGCGUAGGCCUGGAGAGCCAACCGCAACUGGACGACUUGCUGAUCAUACUGCGCAAGCGCGGGUCGGACUACCCCGACCUGUCGAGCAUGUCGACAAGGUCGCUUUCCAACAUGGACGAGCAGUUGAAUUCUCAACGCAACUCGAUGCCCAACGAUGGAACCUGCAGAGCCGGCGACGACGACGAGAUAGUGCUCACCGAUGCCGACGAGGCGGCAAAUUUGGUCGAGCAGUACAGACGCAUGAACAACAAGACGGUGACGUGGCUACCGAGGUACACGUCCAAGGGAAACUUUGCGUUUUAUUGCGACCAGUUGAAAAUCUUUUGCGAUUCGAUCCCCAUGCUUGAAUUUGACCCUGACUUCACUUCUCCAAACUUGGUAUUCCCAGACGCCGAAGUAAUUAAGGAUACGUCUAUAUAUCACGUCAGCGGCUACCAGGGUGUGGGGAACGUGUUUGGACGGCGAGAAGGAUCUUCGAGUGCCAGUUUUGACUCCAUCAAGCGCGAUUCGCAGUCUUCGAGCAGCAGCCGCAGUAGUGUUUCGUCGCACCACCAGUUUAGUCGGCCAUUUUUUGCAAUGAAGGACUUGUUUUACAGCCACUCUUUGGAUAUCCAUCACUGGACAAAAUUGCUGGACGAGCUUAGAAACAUUCUCAAUUUGAUUUCCAAAUCGCUCGAAAACGGCAACAAGCAGUGGUUCACAACGCACGUGAAAAGGUUAAAUAAACUAUUGGCGAUUCUAUGUGCAGCAGUGCGUCUUGACGAGGACGACUACUUGAAAAGCGAACAAGAGGCUACCAUCAAGCGCCAGCUCGUUCGCGUCUGCAGCUCGUUUUCUCAAAUCCACAUCAACGGCCUCUUGCACCUCAUGAUUUUUCCGGAUGCGCACCAGGAGUCAUCCCGGGCACAGGCACAGGCACAGGCACAGGCACAGGCACAGGCACAGGCACAGGCACAGGCACGGACAGAAGCAAACGCAGAUGCAGGCAAUGCUGAUGCCGACGCCAAUGCCAAUGCCAAUGCCAAUGCAGCAACUGGAAACGAGUCGAUUUAUUUCCAAAGAGCGUCGCAAAUGAUUGAGUACUUCAAAACUGACGCCGACUCUUUGGUUCAAACAUUUCUUUUCUUGACGUCGGAUAAGAUUGUGAAUCCAAAAGACUAUGAUCCUUUUGAUCAGUCUGAAAUCGAGGAAGGACAGAGAGAGAGGGCAAACGUGCUACCGCAAGUGUUUCCGCGCUUUUUGGUUAACGAAUUUAACGGUGGAAACUGGUGUAACCCAUUUUUCACAUCCAUGAACACCUUCUUGAACGCCAGCGGCGAUGAUCUCAAAAAUCGAAACCAUUCCAAAGUGAUUAUCGAUCACCACAUCUACGAAACGGUUUAUCAGAACCUGGAGGAGAUGAUUAAACUACUAAACGAAUCAUCGAAUCUUCUUUCCUACGACAUUGAGCACGAAGCUCCCGACUCCACAGCGCAAACCGACGACCGCAACUCCCAGAUUUUGCGAUUGAUUUACAAGUUUUUACAUCAUGCCAGUUCGAUGAUUGACGUCCUUGAGUCGUUUGACUUUACCGUGUUUUGUCUAGUGAGGAACGAAUAUUGCGAGGAUGAAGAAAGCGUCGAGCGCAUGAAGCAGUCCUUAUCGAUACUUUCAUUUGGAGAGCCAGGAGACGCAGGAACGACUCCCGAGCCCAACCUCAAGUUUGACCACCCAAUAGUGCUAGAGUUUUUCCAGUUUAAGCAGCAGUUCCACGAUUUGAUUCUGAACAUUAUAAUGGCAACCCAGUCGUUGACGAUACGGGGAGCCGAGGCUUUCAAAGGCAAGCAGGACGAGAAUCUUUUAUUUUACGACAAGGAGAUACUCAAGGACUACACCGAGAAAUCAGCCAUGAUUUUGACCAAUUCUUUGCUCGAGCAAAGCUACAACGCCAAGAACGGUUCAUCUUGCGAGAACCUGUUGUCGAUGUAUUUGGAGGAAGGGGUAGCAUUUUGCAAAACAGCUCAAGACAUCACCCAGAGAUUGAUUGAGGAGCGAGAAACAAUCAUCAACUACGCCUCGCGCGUGAUGCACGACAACUUUGAUGUGCAACUCUUGGUUUUGGAGAGAAACAAUACUGUGUUGGUGGAUAAAGCCGAAGACGAUUCCUACUACAGUGGCGGCAAAACGGGAGUAGAAGAGGUGCCCUGGUACUUGGAAGGCGACGAAGAGCACGACUUGCUUUUAGAUGUCAAGGGGAACAUCAAAGGUGGAACCAAGGAGGCAUUGGUGUGCCACUUGACUCAUCACGAUAUAUUUGAGAGCGAGUUUAGUGCCAAUUUCCUACUAACGUUCCCCACGAUGAUGUCCUUGGGGGAGUUGAUCAUGAAUCUCACCAAGAGGUUCGACAUUGAGCCACCCGGUGGGUUGAGCUUUGAAGAGUAUAAUAUCUGGAUUGUCAAGAAACAAACCGCCAUUAGGUCACGAGUCUUGAGCGUCAUGAAGUUGCUCAUUGAAAAGAACUGGUCCGACUCGUACUACAAUGAGUCGAUUUUGAAUGGAUGGUUGGAGUUUGUAGAGACUCCCGCGGUGCAGACAUUCCCCGUUGGCAGAUUGUUGGCGCUGGACUUGAGGAAACUCAUUCGCGGCGAAUUGCGUUUCCCGAAAAGGAAACCGGUGAUUUCGCAUUUGAAGCCGCCUGCACCGUUAACAAAGGGAUCGUCGAUCCUGAAGAGGACAAAGUUGCUCGAUAUCGAUUAUGUCGAGCUCGCUCGUCAGCUCACAUUGCGAGAAUUCAAGUGCUACUGCGAAAUUUCAAAGUUUGCAUGCUUGGCAAAAGUAUGGGGCAAGAAGUCUGGAUUGAACGAAAGCACGCAAAACAUUACCGAUUUCAUCAAGGCAUCUAACCAGUUGACCAACUUUGUUGCCUACAUGAUAUUGAGAAAGCCCGAGCCAAAGAAGAGAAUCCAAGUUAUUCGAUACUUUAUUCAAGUGGCUGAAAAGUGCCGGCAAUACAACAAUUUUUCCUCAAUGACAGCCAUCAUAUCGGCGCUUUACUCAUCGCCAAUUCAUAGAUUGCGUAAGACGUGGAACUUUGCCAGCUCGGAGUCGUUGGCGCUUUUGAAAAAUAUGAAUAAGCUCAUGAACUCCACGAGGAACUUUAACGAGUAUCGAGAUGUUUUAAAAUUCAUCGGAUCGGAACCGUGUGUACCAUUCUUUGGUGUUUUCUUGUCAGACUUGACUUUUGCAUAUCACGGGAACCCCGAUUACUUACUCAAUCGAACUCGCAUGAUCAAUUUUGCCAAGCGCGCAAAGACCUCAGAGAUUGUUUCUGGGAUUGACAGGUUCAAGAAUGCAGGGUUCAACUUUUACGAAGUUGCAGAGAUACAAAAGUAUUUGGACCAGUGGUUUGAAGUAUGCCCCACGAUUGAAGAGCAAUACCAGCUCAGUUUGAAGUUGGAGCCACGGGAGCGAAACCCCAACACAGCGGCAGUGAACUAUAAAACGUUGAGAGCCGCUUAA